CACUCACAAUGUGCCAGUGGCAGACACAUGGGGUGAAGGCAGAGAGCUCAGAGUUCAGCUUAUCACUCCUGUAAGAUGAACUGGAACCCACAGCAGCCAAUAUGUAAAUUUCAGUGGCUUAGCCCCUUUGGGGUGGGUAAACCCUGACCCAGUUGCUGUGUUCUCUUUCAUGGGAAGAAAAAUGGCUGUAGCCUAAUGUCCUUCUGGAAGCCAGAGACACAUCUGCAUUUUUCCAGACUGGGACCAGAGUUUGGGGUCAUGUUGAUGGCCUGCACACAUGCACAUGAUGGGAAAGGACUUGACUUGUGCCCACUCGCCUUUCUUCAGGGACAAACAGAACAGGCACCUCAUUCUCAAGUGACCUCCUUUGUCUCCCUCCUUCCUGACCAAGAGGACCAGCCCGCCUCUUACACUGUGAAUUUACUAGCCAAAGUCAAGUCCAGCUGGAGCAUGAAGAAUUGCCUGUCUAGGACUCUAUCAUGACUGAUAAACUUAAAAGGAAAUAGUGAACCAGAGACUUCAAGGUGGAUAUUCCGCUGCCAGAGAGAAAGAGAUUAAUGAUGUGGAGACAUGCAGAGAGUGCACCCUAUCACCGUGGAGACAGACUGGAGUAACACAGCAGCAUGUCAAGGAAGAUUAAGGACUGCCUGGAGCAACCAAAGGCUGGGAAAGAGGUGUUCAUCUGCCCAAAGAUGGCUGUGUCAAAUUUGGAAAGUUCAAGUCAACAUGAAUUAAAGAUCAAAUACACAAGAACUGCUUCUCUUGAUAUAUACAACCAUGCUGGACUUCAUUCCAAUCAUUGGUGUCUCUAUGUACCUGCCUCUGGAUUUUGUUCUGCAAAGAAUAUAGUCAACAAAAAGAAAUCCAGCAUCAAGGAGCUCCCAGCCUACAGCAGAAGCAAUCAUCAAUCAGAAGUUGCAACAUGGGUGAAGGAGCAGAACCAUCUAGAGACUCGCUCGAGUGGAAGUCACCUCUCACACCUGCCUUGUGAGGUCAGACCUUCUGUACACACAAUCAAUCACCUGGAUCAAUGUCACCAGCCUCUGAAGAGUUCUGCUGCACCAGCAAUCCACUCUGUGUGUCAUAUCUGUGCAUUGUUACUUAAUGCUCCAGGGACAGCACACUGCACCUUCCGGAACCAGCUCAUAGCUGUGGUCUCGACUUUUCCUAGAAUGAUCAGCUAUGCUGGCUCCCACAGUCUCCCUCACUGUGAGAAUUCACCUGCUCUGCCUGGGAGAUGGAGUCAAGGCCUCUGGUACUGGGCCCUCUGUGAAUCAUCUCACAGCAUGGAGAGCCUGCUCCUGUCCCUGGAGUAGAAAGCUGCUCUUAACCAAAAAUGCCGCUAACAGCUUCCUAACAGCUGGGAUUAACGAUCAGAAAGAUAAGAUCUCACUGCCUACAGCAAACAGAAUCACCAAUUACUCUUUGUUGUCAAGUGAUGUAUAAGCUAUAAAAAUAGGCUAAGCCAUUCUGAGACUGUGCCCUGCUUACACAACUGUCUAGGUAGAAUAAAUUAAUGAGGGUAUGUUUGGGGAGAGGUGCAUGUUUUAAUCAAGCCAUUUCUCUCCAACUCCCACAUAUAUGCAUCUACUUGUACCCUUGACUACUUCCAAAACAUGUUAAAGAAAAGAAACUAAAGAUGAAUACAUGUUCUGACUGAUUCGCCUGCUGGAAAUUUCUUCAUUUAAUUUUUGGAGAAUACUGCAUUGGCAAAAUAUUCCAACAGUACAAAGAAGUGGCCAUGGAAAAUAAUCCUCUCUACUACCCUGUCCCCCAGGCUACAACACUUUUAAUAAAGCAUCUUAGCUCUAACAGAGAGCUUCUUAGAGUCAGGUCAAGACCAACAGCCAGUGAGUCAGAGAAGGAACUGGGUUUUAAAAAAGGGGAGCUGUGUGAGCUGCCCUCGAGCAGCACAAAGUCUCUCUCGAAUUAUCAGCAUCAGAGCUUCAGAACCAGGUGACUCACACCUUCAACCUGCUCUACAGAGUGAAACCCUGUCUCAGAAACACACAGCAAAAAAUGACUUUUAGAAUUCCUUU